AUGGCAUCGGCAUGUUACGGAGGUGCACAAGAAGGAGUGAUGAUAGCUGCUGCGAGUGACAAAUUAUGGGACAAUGGACGAGUUUGUGGCAAAUAUUUCACCGUGAAAUGCACCGGAGCUCGUAACCCCGUGCCUCAUCCCUGCACCGGAAAAUCCGUUACUGUCAAAAUCGUUGACCAUUGUCCCGGUGGAUGCCAAUCUACUCUCGAUCUCUCCCGUGAAGCUUUUGCUCAAAUCGCUAAUCCUGUCGCUGGGAUCAUUAACAUUGAUUAUAUUCAACAUUGAUUGUUAUGCUACGUAAUAAUUUUAUCAAACUUUUUAUCAUCUAUAUAUUUUUUGUUUACUUAACGUCAAUGGAGUUUCCAGGAAAAAUGAUUCACGAAUCUAAAAAUGUAUACUCAUAUUACAUGAUUGUGAUAGUAUUUCACAAUAAUGAAUAAAACUCUCGUGAUUCCUAG